CCGCCCCUCCGCGGUUCUGGCCAUGCUGCGGCUGGGGCGGGCGUUGCUGCGUGGGGCCGUCGCCACCCCCGGGACCCCCGUGCGCGGCGCCCAGGUGCUGGUGGGCGGCGGGGGCAGCGGAAAGAGAAGAUGCAGCAUAUGCAGAUAUUGUUCCCAGCUGAAUAACUGUAUCAGAGAAUUAAAUGAAGUAUAACUGAAAUUGUCUCCUAUUACUAAGGUAUUGCUGAAAUCCUAAUGAACCGACCCCACGCGAGAAAUUCAUUGGGAAAAGUAUUUGUAAAUGAACUGUUCAGCGCUCUGGAACAGCUCCGCUUUGAUGAGAAAGUCCGGGUGGUGGUGUUCAAGAGUGAGGUGAAAGGGGUAUUUUGCGCUGGUGCAGACUUAAAGGAACGUGCUGAGAUGGAUGAUGCUGAAGUUGAACGCUUUGUUAAAAGGCUGAGAAGUCUCAUGGAUGAAAUAGCUGCACUGCCCGUACCCACGAUUGCUGCAAUUGACGGCUAUGCUCUGGGAGGUGGACUAGAACUGGCGUUAGCUUGUGACCUUCGAGUAGCAGCUUCAUCGGCUAAAAUGGGCCUUAUUGAGACCACCAGAGGGCUUCUUCCUGGAGCAGGUGGAACCCAGCGCCUGCCCAGAUGUGUUGGAAUAGGUCUUGCAAAGGAACUCAUUUUCACUGGUAGACAGGUUGACGGACAACAAGCCUUCUCAAUGGGAUUAGUAAAUCACACAGUGCCACAAAACAACGAGGGAGAUGCAGCUUACCAGAGAGCAUUAGCUUUGGCUAAAGAAAUCCUUCCUCAGGCUCCAUUUGCUGUGAAAAUGGGAAAACUGGCAAUAAACAGAGGAAUGGAGGUUGACAUUGCAUCAGGGAUGGCUAUUGAGGGGAUGUGUUACGCCCAGAAUAUUCCCACAAGAGACCGUCAGGAAGGGAUGGCCGCCUUCAGGGAGAAACGACCACCUCGUUUUAUUGGCAAAUAAUGCUUCCUAGCUUCCUCUUCAUUUUUUGAAAGUAAAGGAGGACUGAAGAGGACUCGCUGAUUCCUCAGGAUUAUUUUUAUGACUGCAUUCUCUGUACUUAGCCCCUUGCCUUAGACUGCAUUUCUGAAUACUCCACUGGAUCAUUUUGCUGUAAGAAUUGCCAAAUAAAAAUUUAAUUUUGUAUAUCUUUUAAA